AUGUUAUACAAUGAAGAUUUGAAUGAUUGUGUGAUUAAAGAUUUGAGGUCAUUAGAUGAGAAUACUAGUAAAAAGUUGAAUGAAAUUCUUGAAAGUGAAAAUUCACAAGCUAAUUUGAAUGAUUAUAUAAUUAAGAAUUUGGGGUCAUUAGAUAUUAAAACAGAUGAAAAUUAACUAAUCAUUGUUUUUAAAAAAUUUAUAGUUUUUUUUAAGUAAUAUUUGAUAUU